AUGUUGGUCUUGGCCAUGUUAAAAAGAGGUGCCAAGGGUCAUUUAGAAACAUUGAAGGAAGGUGCAACUGAUACAAUUGGUUUAAAAAAAGUGUUGACCAUUUCCAACCAUAUGACAAUGGAUGGGGAAAACAAGAAUGUUGGUGAGCAUAAUGGGCUGUGGAAAUUGAUUGAUGAUGAAAGAACCAAAGAAGAAGUUACCUUUCAAAUGUUGAAGUCAGUCUGUGCAGUUCACUCUUCUGCAUUAGCGUACCAUGAUCUGUGUAAGGACGUAUCAGAGGUAAAUACUCUAAUACGAAAAGUUUCUGGCAUCUCCUUGUUUUUCCAUGCGUCAGCAGUUCGUACGGCAGAGCUUGAAAAGUAUGCUAAAAGAGCAAGACAUCAGCAAGAGAGCAAGACCGUUCGUCAUUUUAUCAGUGAAAAACAAUCGUGUGUGAAGGAUUCACCUAAGGCUGACAGGCAAGCAUGGUUUCAGAAAGUUUUUCAACGUGAUUAUACGGAUGAAAGUGAUGUAGAAGAUGCAAACAAUGUGACAAAACAGAAAAAAAUUGAAUCAUGA